CAACGGUCAGUUGCUAAAGAGAAAAAGCAGCCGCUUCCGUGUUGUUCUUGUGUUAUUCGGGCAAAUAUCAAGCGUUAGCAGAGUCUAAGCUCGCCUGACAGCCUCGCCGGAGUGAGACUAACAUGGUUUUGUGAAGCUGACAGACAGUUUCAGCUUUUUUUGCACCGGAAAUGUCGCUGCUGCAGAGCUCGAAGAAAAAAGACAAGCGUAUUUUGUCUGGUACCUGCCCAGACCCGAAAUGUCAGGCGAGGCUGUUCUUCCCCGCUUACGGCUCCGUUAGCAUCGAGUGCACAGAGUGUGGUCAGCGCCACGAACAGAAGAACCUGUUAAAUGUCGAGGAAGUGACUGAUCCAGAUGUUGUGCUCCACAAUCUGCUCAGAAACGCCCUGCUCGGCGUCACCGGGGCCCCGAAGAAAGGCACGGAGCUGGUGAAAGUAAUGGGGCUCUCUAAUUACCACUGCAAGCUCCUGUCCCCGGUGCUCACCAGGUACGGGAUGGAUAAACAAACCGGCAAAGCCAAGCUGCUGAGGGACAUGAACCAAGGGGAGAUGUUUGACUGCUCGCUCCUGGGGGACAGGGCUUUUCUCAUCGAGCUGGACCAUGUUUCCACAAUGGGCUACGGCAAGGACAGGUCAGGGAGCCUCAUAUACCUCCACGACACCCUGGAGGAGAUCAAGAAAGCCAACGGCAACAGGGAGUGCCUCAUCCCGGUCCACGUAGAUGGAGACGGGCACUGCCUGGUCCACGCUGUGUCCAGGGCGCUGGUGGGCAGAGAACUGUUCUGGCACGCCCUGAGAGAAAACCUGAAACAGAACUUUAAGCAGAACCUGGACCGCUAUAAGGCUCUCUUUCAGGAUUUUAUCGAUGCUGCAGAGUGGGAGGACAUCAUCAAUGAGUGCGACCCCCUCUUCAUCCCGCCCGAAGGCGUGCCGCUCGGACUACGCAACAUCCAUAUAUUCGGCUUAGCCAACGUUCUGCACCGGCCCAUAAUCCUGCUGGACUCCCUGAGUGGGAUGAGGAGCUCUGGCGAUUAUUCGGCCACCUUCCUGCCGGGGCUGGUGCCCGAGGAGCAGUGCAGCGGGAAAGACGGGAAGCUCAACAAACCCAUCUGCAUCGCCUGGAGCAGCUCCGGCCGGAACCACUACAUCCCCCUGGUGGGAAUCAAGAACACUGUGCUGCCCAAGCUGCCGGCCCGCCUGCUGCCGAAGGCGUGGGGCGUUCCUCAGGAGCUCAUCAGGAAGUACAUCAAGCUGGAACAAGACGGGAGCUGCGUGAUCGGCGGCGACCGCAGCUUGCAGGAUAAAUACCUGAUGCGGCUGGUGAACGCCAUGGAGGAGGUGUUCAUGGAAAAGCACAGCAUCCACCCGUCGCUGGUGGCUGACGUGCACCAGUAUGUCUACAGACGGACCGGCGUGAUCGGCAUCCAGCCUGAGGAGGUGACGGAGGCGGCUAAGAAGUCGGUGAUGGAGAACCGGCUGCACCGCUGCCUCAUCUGCGGCGCCCUCUCUGAGCUCCACGUCCCGCCGGAGUGGCUGGUUCCUGGUGGGAAGCUCUACAACUUGGCCAAGUCCACUCACGGCCAGCUGCGGCAGGACAAGAACUACAGCUUCCCCCUCAACAACGUGGUCUGCUCUUAUGACCCCCAGAGGGACGUCCUCACACCAGAUUAUAAACUGAGCUCCCUCAACACCUGCAACUGGUGUCAUGGCACGUCGGUGCGCCACGUCCACGGCAACGGGUCCGUGGUGUACCUGGACGGGGACAGAACCAACACCCAGUCCCAGGGAGGGAAAUGUGGGUGUGGCUUCAAGCAUUUCUGGGAUGGGAAGGAGUAUGACAACCUCCCGGAGGCCUUCCCCAUCACGCUGGAGUGGGGGGGUCGGGUGGUGAGAGAGACAGUAUACUGGUUCCAGUAUGAGACGGACCCGACUUUAAACAGCAACGUGUAUGACGUGGCGAUGAAGCUGGUCACCAAGCACUUCCCGGGGGAGUUUGGCAGCGAGAUCCUGGUGCAGAAAGUAGUCAACACCAUCCUGCAUCACACCGCCAAGAAGAACCCGGACGAAUACAACCCGGUGUCCAUCGACGGGGCUCAUGUCCAGCGUCUCACCGACACCGCGGAGACUCAGCAGGUGGCGGACGCGCAGCCGCCCACUAAGAUCAUCCUGACUGGUCAGAAAGCGAAGACGCUCCACAAAGAGGAGCUGACGAUGAGCCGAGCGGAGCGCAGCAUCCAGCAGAGCAUCAGCGAGCAGGCCCUCGUCACCCAGAAGAGACGGACUGACAAGCUGAAGCAGGAGCAGCAGAAGGGCCACGGCAGGACGUCUUCCCCCGGUGGGUCCCCGGAAACCUCGUCCUCUUCGGCGCCGGUCACGCCCACCAAAUCCUCCUCCUCCCCCUCCUCGUCCAACAAGGAGAAGAAGAUCCGCGUGACCACCAGUGACGGCAGGCAGGCCAUGCUGACCCUGCAGGCCCAGACCACCUUCUCAGAGCUGCAGAGGAGCAUCGCCAACCAGUUCGGCGUGCCGCCGCCGCAGCAGUGCAUCCGCUACGGCUUCCCGCCCAAAGAGCUGGUCCCGCCGAAGGACGGCGAGGAGAACGAGCCGGUGGCGCUGCAGCACGGCGACAGGGUGACGGUGGAGAUACUGAGGGGCCCCGAGGAGAAGAGCCCCGCGGCCUCCAUACCCCGAGCCUCCAGCUCGCACUCCGCCCUGCACUCGGUGAAGAGCGAGGACGCCGUGACGUCCGGCAGGAUGAGCAACCGGGAACUCCAGGACAACAUUGACCUUGAGAUGUCCUCCCUCUGUCUCCUAGCAACCUUGAUGGGCGAGGACGUUUGGUCGUACGCAAAGAAGCUGCCGCACUUAUUCCAGCAGGGCGGCGUCUUCUACAACAUCGUCAAGAAAGACAUGGGCCUGAUGGACGGGAAGCACUGCACGCUGCCUCAUCUGACGGGGAAGACGUUUGUUUAUAACGCGGCAGAGGAGCGUCUGGAGCUCUGCGUGGACGCCGCCGGGCACUUCCCCGUCGGCCCUGAUGUGGAGGAGCUGGUGAAGGAGGCUCUGGUCCAGCUGCGCUCGGAGGCGGCCACCAGGGGCAGCAGAGAGGGGAGCCCAUCCCACGGCGUGCUGCGGCUGGGCAGCGGCGGCGUUGUCCGUAAGAAGGAGCAGCUGCAGAACGUCACCGCCUUCCAGGGUAAAGGCCACUCUCUGGGCAGCUCUGGGGGCUCCUCCCCUCCAGAACACCGGCCUAUCACGCGCCAGCACAGCAGCGGCGUGGACCUGAGCGCCAGCGUGUCCCGAGGCCCCCCAGACCUGUCUGAUAUCCCCGAGGACGCCACCAGGGAGCUGGUCCGCAUGGCUCCGGGCUUCGUCACCAUGAAGGACGGUCGUGGUCUGGACCCCAGCCUGAUGGAGCAGCAGCGGAGGAAGCUGCAGGAGAUGGUGUCGUCCAUCCAGGCCUCCAUGGAGCGCCACCUCAGAGAGCAGCAGCAGCAGCAGAGUGCCGCCGCAGCAGGGGGCGGGGCCAGCCAGGAGCUGACAGGCGGGACGAAGACGGGCGCGGGCCAACCGACGUCUACCGUCGACCACGAACCUCCAGCUGCAGCAGGCGCCACGGCGGCCGGCAAACCGGACAGGAAGGCGGAGGAACUGGAGGAGAUGGAGAGUCAGGAUGCGGAGCAGAGCAACGCCUUCGAACCCAUGGAUCACUCCUGAUCACUCCUGACCCCCCCCCGCCCCAGCACCGCCCCGACCCCGCCCCCGCCUCGCCGGCACCUUCGGGCCAUAACGCCUCAGGUCGGAUGCUAAAGCUUUGGUCUUCAUCGUGUUUCGUCGUCUUUACCGCAUGACUAAAGAGCGAGCCGAGCGUCCUCCUCACCUCUCUGCAGACUCGGGCCGGGACGAUAAUCCACGAGGCGAUAUAUUGAGACGCCCUCACAGUAACAUCCCACUUCUGCCGCUGCGUGUGUGUUGAAACUCUAUGCACUGUGGCACACGCUCUCUCACCUCAGCUGUCCACUCCACUCAGUAAAUAAUAAACACAACACAUGAUUGA